CCGCGGGAGGCGGCGGGGCGGGCCGCGGGCUCGGCGUGAGGCGGGCGGCGGGGCCGGGCGCGGGGAGUCGCGGCCCCGCUGGAGCCGGCGCGGGGCCUUGCGGGAGCAGCAUGGCCGCCAGCCUGUGGAUGGGGGACACUGUUGAGCCUGGUUCAUGCAUGCCUGCUGGUUUUGAGUGGCAUCGACCCUCUUAAAUGAGUCUUCUUUUUGAAGUGUAAGGCUGGAGCCAUAUAUGGAUGAAAACUUUGUUUCAAGAGCCUUUGCCACCAUGGGAGAGCUCGUACUGAGCGUAAAAAUCAUUCGAAACAGGUUGACAGGAAUUCCAGCAGGCUAUUGCUUUGUAGAGUUUGCAGAUCUAGCUACUGCAGAGAAAUGUUUACACAAAAUCAAUGGAAAACCGCUUCCUGGGGCUACACCGGCAAAGCGAUUUAAACUGAAUUAUGCAACGUAUGGGAAACAGCCUGAUAACAGUCCAGAAUAUUCCCUUUUUGUGGGAGACCUGACUCCUGACGUGGAUGAUGGCAUGUUAUAUGAAUUUUUUGUUAAAGUUUAUCCCUCAUGUAGAGGUGGCAAAGUCGUUUUGGACCAGGCAGGAGUAUCCAAAGGUUACGGGUUUGUGAAGUUUACGGAUGAGCUGGAACAGAAAAGAGCCCUGACUGAGUGUCAAGGAGCCGUGGGCUUGGGCUCCAAACCUGUACGCUUGAGUGUGGCUAUACCAAAAGCUAAUCGUGUGAAAGCCAUGGAGUACAACCAGAUGUACAACUACAACUAUAACCAGUAUUACCAACAAUAUCACAGCUACUACGCGCAGUGGGGCUAUGACCAGAACACGGGCAGUUACAGCUACAGCUAUCCCCAGUAUGGAUACACCCAGAGCACAAUCCAGACAUAUGAAGAAGUUGGUGAGGAUGCAUUGGAAGAUCCAGCGCCUCAGCUAGACGUCCAUGAAGCAAAUAAGCAGUUUAUGGAACAGAGUGAAGAGCUCUAUGAUGCCUUGAUGGACUGUCAUUGGCAGCCUUUGGACAGUGUCUCUUCAGAGAUUCCAGCCGUGUUAUAGCCUCAGGCUGAGGCACUGUGUCUGUGUGACAAGCCUGCCAGCGUGCUCCAGACUGUUAGUGCUGCACCAGGACCCUGCAGUAGUGAGGGGUGGCCCUUUCUCCACCCAGGUCUGUUACUCGAAGUACAGGAGGACUGUGGCCUUCCCUGUAUGGAAUGAGUAUCAUAGGAGCAUCAUGGUAAACUUUUAUUCAUGGGGAAAGUUAGAACUGCAACAGUUUUAUUCCUUUUGUCUUGAAAUGAACUCUUAUUUGGGAAUUGUAAUUUAUAAACUCUCAGCGAGAUGGCACAGGGGAAAGACUCUACUCCAACGUCCAAUAAAAAAGUUGGUCUUUUAAGUAAAAUCACCCUUUGCAUUUGGUUCCUGCCCAUCUUUCUGCUUUGCUGCCCAUUUAACCAUCUUCAGUUCUCUGAUCCAACUCCCACGAAUGGGUUCUUUUAAGGAAUCAUUGCUGGAUACCACUGACGUGUUGCACAGUGACCGGGUAAGGUUGCUGUGACUUGAGGAUGGGGAAGAACCACGUAGAUGAAAGCUUAUGUUCUCUUUGAGCUAGCACAUGUAGAGCUCAGUGUUCUUAACCUACCUGAAGAGCUUUUUGGAGAGUAAAGACAGAAAGGAGCGUUGUAAAACUACUCCAGACCGAUGCCUCCUAUCUGGUGAUGUCUCUCACGUUUGCCUUGCUUCUCCACUUGUCUAUAAGGAAACAAUUCCCCAGCAGCCAACCAGUUUAAAACAUGUUUACCAGCAACCUUCUUUAAACCUUAUUUUGUGUCUCAUGUUUCAUUGUGGAUGAAAAAUGGUCUCAUUGAGAUGAUGAGAUUUCCCUUCCACUGUCCUGUCAGAGUGAACCUGGUGAAACUGAAGAUCCUGCAGCAAAAACGGGUCAAAAACGCUGUAUUGUGCAACAAAUUGUUGCUGCCCUGGAAAGCAGUUUUUUACUGGAUGUUGUAUAAGCUGGAUGGACAAGCAAUAUUAUUUAAGCUAAGAUUAUGUUGCAUUAGAGGUGAAAGCAAAAAAUAAUCGCACUUCUGUACAUGUUCUAAGCCCUUCCCAGGCUUUUGUGCCUUAAACUCUUGGAGAACUAGGAACAAAAACUACCUGCAAUAAAUGUCUAUCCAAGAAAUCGUUUGGUAACUGACAUUGCUGCUGCAAAGCAGUUCAUUGCCUCCCUGCCCAUGGUGAGGCAGAGAUUUGCCACGAGAUUUCAAUACUUUCAUAAAGCCUAACUCUGCU